GUGUGGUUGAUGUUGAAGCUAGAAGAUGGCCGUUACUUCCACUUUCCCGGGUUUCCUGAUACAACUGUGUAUAACACCGAUGGACAAACAUUCACUGCGGGAGGAUUGAAGUUCGAGGUUUUAGAACCGCUGGCCAGGUGUAGGCUCACAUUCAACGGUCGUCUGAGACAGGGACAGAGAAACGAGUGGGACGCGGACGAUGAAGGAAAACUAGUCCAUGUAGAGUUUGCUUUCGUGUGGACGGCUCUGACGGAACGGGUUUCCUUGAAUUACGACAACGAUCCAUCCGUGGUUUCCGAUGCUAUUGCUAGAGAACAGUGGAAUACCUCCUUCUUCAAUCGUUUACGCAAAUCUAGUGAGGAACAUCAGAGGUAUGAGGUCUGUGGUCAGCUGUUUGGUAAACUGACUGUCGCAAUAGAACCAGAGAGGACAUUGCUGCUAAGAGGCGUCAGACAACACUCCUGGGGCAUUUGCGACUGGACAACCUACAACAGAUACAUGUCACACUGUGGAUAUCUGGAGGAUGGAACUUUUUUCUCGUUUUCGGCAACAAGUAUUGCUUCGUUUCUCUCUCAUAUCGUCUGCGGAUAUGUGAUUUUGCCCUGCGGACAGACACGUACACUGAAAUCAACUGACCUGCACUUAUCUCUACAUGGGGAGAUUACACCGCCUUCGGACAAGUUAUGCUUUAAUGCAAUUGCUGGUCACCUCCAGUGUGCUUUUUGGGUUGAGAAGAAACAGGAGCAGAUUGUCUACUCAAGAAAAAGGUGGAGUGUUAAGAUCCACAAACAAUUCACUGACGUAACGAUGAAUGGAGUCCGUGGCUGGGGCUUCACCGAGUAUAUGUACAGGCACAAUGGACUCUGUCCAGUACCGCUUCAAAAGUCAGUCCCGUUGCUAAAAGAACCAGCGUACGACAUAAAUCGACCUUGUGACCUGACACUGGAGUUCACUAAACCUGCCUGCGCUUCAUCUCAGCUGGUUGGUGGUAAGGGAACGCAGUUGGCUCUUCUGACUCAGCUAGAUGGCAAGUUCAUAGUUCCGAGGGGCUUCUGCCUGACGGUAGCCGCAUACAGGCACCAUCUGAAAGAUAACAAACAUCUACGUGACGCAGUUGAAGAACUGGAAAAUGUUGCAUAUAAACGAAAAGAAGGUGAUAUUCACGAGAUGUCCAAGACCAUUGUUGAAAGCUUUAACAACACUAAGCUGACUCCGGGGUUGGAACGGGCAGUGUUGAAACAACUGUCAGAGCUGUUUGGCGAUGAAUGGAGCGAGAAGACGUUUGCUGUACGAUCAUCUGCUGUUGGGGAAGAUGGCGGGGAAGCAUCAUUCGCUGGACAGAUGGAGACCUUCCUUGGUGUCAUUGGCAUUAAAGAGAUUUGCAAUGCCAUUGUAAAAUGUUGGGCAUCAUCAUUCACACAGCAGGCUGUUGCGUAUAAGAGGUAUAACCUAAAGCGUGUCAGCUUCCGUGCCUUGUUGGUACAAUGA